UUGCUAGCGCAAUAACGUUGCUGUCAUUGAGGUUGUUUUAACCCGGUCACACCGUUGAGAAGUUGUGGAGGGUUUUCUCGGUUGCCAUGGAUUUCUAAAAGCUAUUGACAGCGAUAGGGUCCCUUUCUCUGAAUGUCUUUGUAAGAGACAACCUAUACUUUAGCUUUUUUCAGGGGGAGCGAUAGCGUCCACGGUGAGGAAAGCGUUCUCGUGUCAUUCUAGUUCCGUCUGAGCGCACGUUUUGAGAUUCAGUAGCGAUAAGCAUCUCUGGCGGCUGUAAACACAAUUCAACCUCUGCAAACUGCUUGAACGAUAGGACCUGCUCUUUAAAAAAAGCCCUUCGUCUUCGGCAGGACAUAGUUGUGAACUGAGAGUGGGAAGAGUGCAACUUCAGUCACUUCCUCUGCGAUGAACUCCGAGAUGGUUGUCUGCUGUGGCGCGAUGAGGUCAUCGAUGUGGAGCCCAGGAUUGGCUCUCCUGACGGGUGUGGUCGUCAGUGUCUGUGCCUUUCACCUGACCACUGCCAUUGACAUCCCAAUGGAGGUUUUAGGUCAUGUAAACAUUGAGCAGCUGCCCACCAUCACAGAGGCCUCCCCCAGCUCUCUGAUCGCCUUCCCCUUUGAUGAGAGCUUCCCCAUGACGUGUGAAGCCAAAGGGAACCCCAAGCCAGAAUACCGGUGGACAAAAAAUGGGGAAGAGUUUGACCCCUACCAGGACCCGAGGCUGAUCAAGGAGGACAACUCUGGGACGUUUGUGAUCCCCAACACUGGGAAUCUCACAGAGUACCAGGGAACGUACCGCUGUUACGCCGAGAACGAAUUAGGGACGGCCAUAACGGAGGAGAUUGAGUUUGUUGUGCCCCACGUUCCUAAGUUUCCCAAGGAGAAGAUUGAUCCCAUCAAGGUGGAGGAGGGUCAGCCUGUCAUUUUGGAGUGUAACCCUCCUAAAGGAAUCCCUCCUUUACAGAUCUACUGGAUGACCAUCGACCUUCAGCACAUAGAGCAGGAUGAGAGGGUGUCCAUGGGUCUGAACGGUGACCUGUUCUUCUCUAAUGCUCUGGAGAAGGACAGCCGCAGAGACUACUGUUGCUUCGCUGCCUUCCCCAGGAUACGCACCAUCGUACAGAAGAAUGCCAUGUCUGUCAUAGUCAAGAGCAAAAAUUCAAACAGUGACUCAAGUAGCAGUCCUGGUCGUGCCAAUUCAAUCCUGGAGAGAAAACCAAGCCUUCUGAUGCCCUCUGGUGUCAAGUCGGAGACACAGCUGGUGGAAGGUGACGAGCUACUACUGGAGUGCAUUGCCGAGGGCUUUCCAACACCCAAGAUUGAAUGGGUAAGGAUGGGCCACAGGCUGCCCGACAGAGCGACGAUAGAGAACCAUGGGAAACUCCUGAGCAUUGACCGGGUCAAUGAGGACGACAGUGGGAAAUACAAGUGUAAGGCUAAGAAUAUCCACGGAGAGGCCAACCACUCCUUUGAUGUAUCAGUGGAAGAGCCUCCUAAGUGGGUAUCUGAACCUGAGAGCCAGCUUAGUACGAUUGGCUCAGACGUGCAUAUCAAGUGCUCUGCCACUGGCACUCCUCAGCCCACCAUCCAAUGGAGGGUGAAUGGAAAACCUCUUAAGGAGGUCCCAGCAUCUAACAGAAAAGUGUUGGAUGACACCAUUGUCUUGCACAACGCCAAAUCGAUUGACAGUGCCGUCUAUCAAUGUGAGGCUUCCAACAGACAUGGAACCCUACUGGCCAAUGCCAAUAUCAUGAUCAUGAAUCUGCCUCCUAUGGUCCUGACAGAGGAAGGUCUGGAGUAUUCAGCUGUGGAGGGAAAGAGUGUAGUCAUGCACUGCAAGGUGUUCAGUUCUCCGCCCUCUAUUGUAACCUGGAACAAGGAUGACUCAACAGGGUCUGUGGAGGGACCAAGGUUUACAGUUCACCAGAAUGGAUCUUUGGAGAUCCAUAAUGUGGAGAAAGAGGACAUGGGCCAAUACACAUGUUACUCCAAGAAUACUGAAGGGAAGUCUGCUAUAACUGCCUUACUGGAUGUUAAAGAUCCCACAAAGAUAUUCCAGGCCCCAGAGGACUUGCAGGUCCUAAUAGGAACCACAGCCCAGCUCUCCUGCCUGGCGGUGUACGACAACUCCUUCAGUGGCGACUUUGAGAUCGUGUGGGAGAAAGACGAUAUGGAGAUAGCACUAAACCACACUGAGAAUUCUGGAUAUUUCUUAGAGGAUGGCAUACUGCAGAUCGUCAACGUCAGCCACAGAGACCAUGGCAUGUACAAGUGUGUGGCCAGAACUCCAGUGGACCAGGACACUGCCUCUGCACUACUCAUAGUGCUGGAUGUCCCCGAUGCACCUGAGAACUUGGUGCUGUCUGAACACAAGGGCAGAAGUGUGAAGCUCAAAUGGAUCCCUGGGGAUGACCACAACAGCUCAACCACUGACUUCAUUAUUGAGUAUGAGGAGAGCCAGUGGGAGCCAGGGAACUGGAACGAGCUUCAGAGAGUUCCAGGAAAUCACGGUUCGACAGUCCUCAAACUUUAUGGACAUGUUGACUAUCGCUUUCGAGUGUCUGGAGUCAACGCGGUGGGUAGGGGGCGUCCCAGUGAGCCCACAGAAAGAUACAAGACCCCUCCUGCAGCCCCUGACAAGAACCCUGAAAAUAUUAAAAUCGAAGGUCAUUUGGCACAUGAAAUGGAUAUCAACUGGGAGCCAUUGUCCCCCAUUGAACACAAUGGGCCAGGCCUUGAAUAUAAGGUGAGCUAUAAACGGCAGGAUGUGGAGGAGGACUGGCACGAGCAUGUGGUGAAAAGACACUCGUUUGUGGUGAAGGGCACUCCCACGUUUGUGCCAUAUGAGGUCAGGAUCCAGGCGAGGAACUACCAGGGAUGGGGACCUGAACCCAAAGUGAUGACUGGCUACUCUGGAGAGGACUUCCCCUCCGCGGCCCCUGAUGAUGUGGCGGUGGAGGUGAUGAACAACUCGCUGGUCAAGGUCAACUGGACGCGCGUUCACAAGGAAAAGCUGCAUGGACAUCUGGGAGGCUACAGGAUAAACUGGUGGCGGCUGCGUAGUCUGCUGGACUCAAAGAAGACUCACGGGAACAAACACACGCUGACAUUCCCGGGGGACAGGAACCAUGCCAUGGUACCAGGGCUCGCGCCCUUCUCUGAGUACAGCCUCAUCGUCAUGACCUUCAACGGGCGAGGCAACGGGCCAGGCAGCCACGCCGUCAACUUCAAAACUCCCGAGGGAGUUCCAGAGGAAAACCCUGUUUUCAGGGUCACAGAUGUUCAGAAGCACACCGUCGCUCUCACCUGGGCACCUCCUCUGGUUGCCAAUGGAGUCAUCACAGGAUACCGGCUAGAGUAUCAGCUAAUCAACGACACAGAGGAGGUGGGUGUCCUGCAGUCGAUGGACAUCAGCAGCCCGGACACCACCUCGUGUGUCCUGCGGAACCUCGAGGCCGUCAGCAGGUACAAGUUCUACCUGCGCUCCUGCACCAGGGUGGGCUGUGGGCCCCAGGUCAGCGAGGAGAGCACCACCACACCUGUAGCGCCUUCAACAGCGGUAUCCACUGUCAACUUAAGCCAGUCUGCCUCCCCCUCACCUCCAAGCACUGCAGUCUCCCACGUGUCCAAUGCCACCCAUUCCAACAUAGUCCCAGCCCUGUUGAAUAUUAGUUCCUCAGUUAGUGACAACUUUGCAAAUAUCAGCUGGAUUCCGGGAAGCGAACAAACCGAUUCAGAGUUUUAUGUUGCAUAUGUGAACAACCGUAAAGGUAACUGGAAGAUCUCUGAGGCAGUAAACACCUCUAAGACUUUCCACAUCAUUGAGGGGCUGGAGCCUGGGACUGCGUACACUGUGCGCCUUAUGACUAACAACUGGGUUGAUAAUUCUAGUAUUUUUGAAGAUGUAAUCAGGACCAGGGAUAAAGGUCUGGCAAGCAUCCAUGGAGGAAUCUCCACCCAGGGCUGGUUCAUCGGGCUGAUGUGUGCCGUGGCUGUCCUCACACUCAUUGUGUUAAUCGCCUGCUUUGUCAACAGAAAUAAAGGAGGGAAAUAUGCUGUAAAAGAGAAAGAGGACCUCCACCCAGACCUUGAAUCCCAGGGUAUGCAUGAUGACACCUUCUGUGAAUACAGAAAACCCCACAUGCAUGAGCUAUACACGGACCAUCACAGACAUCCCUGUUCGAGACAUGCGAUGGGCUGAGUAGCAUGUAUGCUUUAACAUUGACAACGAUGAGAAGCCACUGAAGGGCAGCCAGCACUCUCUGAGCGGACAGAUCAAAGCAGAGGACAGUGGGGACAGCCUGGUGGACUAUGGGGAUGAGGACGCCCAGUUCAACGAGGAUGGCUCCUUUAUCGGCGAGUACGCUGGACGCAAGGAAAAAAGGGUGUCCAUGGAAGUCAAAGGAACCACCAAUCAGAGCAAAGCGUAAGAGAAAGGAAAAUGGGCCAUCAUCCAUCCUUAGGACAACACUUUCAUCAGACUGGUUGAGGGGUGGGGGGCGGGGGGGGGGGACUUAAUAAAGGAAGUACAUGACAUCCAUACCAAGCAGAAUCUCAUGUGAAAUGUAAUUUGUCAUUGUCAGCUACACUGCCAUCUUCAUUUUAUAAAGCUUGUCCUUUUAUCAAACUGUAACAGAAUGCAUCAUUUCGAAAUGUAUAUAUUAUUGUAUGUGUGGAGGUGUUUUAUAUUACCGCAAAUCAGUGAAAACCUUUGAGGCUUUUGCAUUUUUUUGUCAAAUGCAACAACUGUUUGUAAUCCACUCAUAUAUAAAAGGAAGAAAAUAAGAACUCCAGUCCACAUUGCUCCUUGUGUUAUACUGCCAGGUCUUUUAGCAAACAACACGUGUAUGUGAGCAUAUGAUGUCUGUCUUGUUCAGUUGAAGCAAAUAUUAUUGACAUUUUAUAUUUGAAAUGCAUUCAUUAAAUAUGAUUUUAAUAUGUGUACAAAAGCUGUUUAUUAACUUAUUUCCUGGUCUUAUACAUGACAAAAUAAUACAAAAUGGAUGCCUCAGUUUUAUCACAUGAUGAAAUACACAAAAGACCCAAGGCAGGUGGGUCGUUCCACUUAUUAGGUGCCUUUUGAGUAGUGUAAUUUGGUAAACAUAUAUUUUUUUACCUCAUUUUAAUAUUCUGUCAUAAAGACCAAAUGUUCAACUUAAUAAAAAAACACUUUUUCCCAUCUCAAUGUUUUUUUAAAAUAAAACUAUAGUAAGUGCCUAUUAAAUGCCAAAUAAAGUAACAGGGUUGACCGUAACAGGGUUCAUCUUAAAACUUCAUCUUAAAUCAGCCAUGAAUCCCCUUGUGACUGGGGGGGAAAUAAGCUUGUUGUGUGCAACAGGGAGGGGCAAUUGAAUGCAAGCUUCACAAAGAAAAUGUAAUUAUAAAAAAAUGGCUCUCCUGUUGAUCUAUGUGCUACAGGGUUAAUGUGUUCUGCUCGACUCGCUCAGUUUCCUCCACAAAAGACCAGAAAAAUGGCCAAAAAGAGUAGAAACGGCUCACCUGCAUUUACACUGUAAUUUGACUAUUAGAUGUUCACUGUUUCUUUUGAAAAAAAUAUUUGAAAAGGAAUAGUUUCACUAUAUUUAAACAAAGAGUUCAGUUCACAUAACAGGGUUGACAUUAAAAUGACAGACAGUUUUUUUUUUGUUAAGCUUAAGAUGAAUUACUAAUCACAUGAAAUAAAUAAUCAUCAUCAGAAAUGAGUGUCAAAGCAACAAAAUAACUAGGGCUUUACAAUGAUGGUGAAAACUUGGAGAAUGUUGGGUUUAAGUGGAUUAAAGUCACAGAGGAUGCACAGAGCGACAUGAAUUUUAUGUAUAUUCAUAUAAAAAAUCUGAUUUAUUGAAUUUCCCAUGUGGUCUAUAUUGAAGGCUACUUCAUUUACUAUAACAGGCAAUUCAAUAUUUGUGCACAAUUUCUACUUAAUAUAUCAAAGGGACACAAAAGGCACUCAUUUCAUGGAACGACCCAGGUGCUCUGAGAACUCCUCUCAGUUGAUAACAGGAAAGUACUUAUACUGUUGUUGUGGACAUUUCUGAUACAAUUUCCACGGCGAGGCUGUGAUUCAGUGGUUUUAUGCGACAGCUUGCUACAACAUGCAGACAAUUAUCAACCGAGUUACCGCUUGAUCUAUUCUAGUUCAUCAAAAUACCAAUUAAAGCAUGGCUUAAUGUUGUCCCAAUGUCCAUAGAACAACCUUUCUCAUUACAACUUGCAUGCCAUUUUAGACAAUGCCAUUCAACUCCAAAAAACGAAUCACAGUCGUAAGCCUGUUUUUAAAGUCAACCUAAAUGUUAACACGACAAUCGCCUUCAAUUGCAUCUUUGUACAACAACAAAAACAUGUACAGCUAUUGCAUGUGUUUCAGAACGUUUGUGGAUGUUUUUGAUGUUAUUAAAUUGUUUCACUUUUCAUAACCGUUG